AUGGGCACAGCCAAAUCAAGAUCCAUGGACUUUUCAGAUUUUUCGUUAGCAUUUCCUGAGCCCACAGAAUCUGACAAGAACACCUCCUUCAAACCCCAAGAAAGCGAAACCAGCAAGGUCAUAAACCACCGCCAUGCCAAGAACAUAACCAGCACCGACCCCACCAGUAAAACCCAGUAUUCACUUUCAGUGCGCGAAGAAGAUCAAGAAAACAACGUUGAAGAGAGGUUUAGCAUGAAGCUGGGGAGGAACUCAUCGGUUUCUUCAUCAGCUUCUGCUCUCCAGUCUGCAGUGAAGAAAGCAUUCUCCAUGACAAGAUCCUCUUCUGUUUCAGAAAGGUAUUGUAGGAUCCAUGACCAGUCUGUGACGUUAGCAUCACCCAUCCAUGAUGAAGAUGGCACUUUGGACACUAUGGAACCAACAAGAUCUGUGAAGAAAACACAUCGCAGAGGCAGGAUCCUCAAAGCCUGUAAGAAACUUUUUGGACUUUAG